UCAACUUGAAACAUGAAAAUAAAUUUGGUUUUCGUAGCGGUCUUCAUGUCAUUUCGAAAAUCGGAUAGUGCAAAUUUGAUUGAAACCUAUCUUGAUUACUUCCAAGAUGUUUACUUCAACACGAAUUUGUCUGGCGUAUCUGAAAAAUGUAGCAGAAUAUUUAUGGGGAGAAAUUUCUCACAAACAGUAUUUUUUGAUGCAUCUAGUAAAAUUCCGGAUGGAGUCGGUAAUGGAAAUUUUUUCGAUUUAGGAAAUUUCGAUCAAUGCUAUAACCAUGUCGAAACCAUCAAUGAAGAUAGUCACUUGGGAAAAUACUGUCUGGGAUACAUUGGUAUAGGAGACAGCAAAAAUUUUCCACUCGUUCAUUUGAAAUUUGUGCGAAAUGAUACGUUUGGUAUGUACACUGGAUUUUGUUUGAGCAAUCACUGUACAUUGAAGGAUUUUUCGAAGAUAUUCUACAAACAUAAUUUCACGGAACGACAAUGCUAUUCCAAGGACACGGAAACGGAAAUUUCUGUUGGUGGCUGGAUAACUAU